GGCCAGGAUGAGGGAGUACAGCUCGUCGGGAUUUCAAAGAUACUGGGCCCAGGUUGGCUCCAGCUACCUGCUCUGACGAUAGGGCUGCUGGGCGUCCAAGUGCUAUGGUCUGUCGAGAUGUCUUAUGGCACGCCAUAUCUAAUAUCACUCGGCUUGUCGAAGUCUGCAGUGGCCAUGGUCUUCCUAGCUGGUCCAAUAUCUGGCCUAGUCGUCCAGCCCCUCAUUGGUGUACUUGCGGACCACUCAAAGUCACGUUUUGGCCGUCGACGGCCGUACAUGAUCGGAGGAGUUGCGAUAUGCAUGUCCGCCAUGCUACUUCUGGGCUUCACUCGACCGUUCGCUACGAUCUUUACACCUACGGGGUCAGCUGCGAACCAGGUACUGACUAUUUGGCUGGCUAUUUUGGCCAUUUUCACCAUCGACUUCUCUAUCAAUGCGGUCCAAGCCGUGGACCGCGCACUUCUUGUGGAUACCCUCCCGCCUUCCGACCAGCCCGACGGCAAUGCUUGGGCGGCACGUAUGCUGGGUUUUGGUAGUGUUGCGGGAUACUUCGUGGGAAAUGUUGACAUGACGAAGGUUUUCCCUUUCCUGGGCGAUACCGAACUAGAGGUUCUCUCGGUUAUCGGGUCGUUUCUACUAGUUCUAACACACUGUGCGACAGCGUACAGUGUGAAAGAGAAGGUUGUCAUCAGCACAAAACAGACGGACAAGGGUCUGAGGAAAGAAUUCAAGGAGAUAUGGACCAAUAUCCGGACACUGCCUACGGUGAUACGCCAAAUUUGUAUAAUCCAGUUCUUCGCAUGGAUAGGUUGGUUCCCGUUAUUGUUUAACACGACCGAGUUCAUCGCGGAAUUACACCGGCGGUCGCACCCUAACAUGGAUUACGAUGCCGCCAUGGAGGAGGGCACACGCCUCGGCUCGCGCGCAAUGUUCUACAACUCCAUCCUUGCCCUAACAGCAAACCUUUUCAUGCCGUUCUUUGUUGCCGAGGCGAAGAGCAGACUGCGCAUGCAGAAUAAGUUCAAGAUGGCCGGGCAGAGUGUGUGGGUGCGGUGGUUCAACAAGCUGAAGAUGCACUUGGCAUCGUUAUGGGCUGCAUCGCAUCUAUUGUUCGCAAUCUGCAUGUUGGCAACGUUCUUCUAUUCCAGCGUCUGGGGCGCGACCUUCUUCACAACGCUAGCCGGGUUUUCGUGGGCUAUCACUCAGUGGGCUCCGUUCGCUCUUCUUGCCGAGGCGAUCCUCGAAGAUGACACUGAAAUCGAGGACGCAAACUCAAUAGUCCUCGACGAUACCCGCUCUCGGCGACUCUCUGGUCGGGGCGGUGGCGAAGAAUAUGAACGGCAAUUCCUGGUUGGCAACGACGAAGAUGAGGAGCGCGAAGGGCUCGAGGAUGAGGUACAGUCCUUCCGGUCGUCGGUAUCCAUGGACACGGAACAGGAGCGCGCAAAAGCCGAGCUGUUCAUGAACAACGCGAGCGCAAGGAGGAGCCACCUAAACGUCAAUGAUGCGUCUAGCUCAAGACUAUCUUUGCACGCUGAUUACGAAGAGAGCAUACCGAAAGAGAAGAAGGGAGGUGGACUUGCGGCGAAAGCCGGCAUCAUCCUGGGAAUCCACAAUAUCUUCGUUGUCAUUCCUCAGUUCGUGAUUACAGGCAUAUCAUCAAUUAUUUUUGCUCUCACAAGCAGCGGCGAAGUCGAGGACCAUAACCCCAGCGACCUUGCGACCAACGGCACGGUCGUCGAGCUGAUGAGCAGAGAGGGACCGACAGUCCGCACAGGAGGCCCCGAUUCGUAUGCAUAUGUCUUCCGCCUGGGAGGUCUUGCGGCGGUGGUCGCGUUCGUGCUUACAGUCAAGCUCUCGCGACACUUGCAACAUCAACAGCAUAGUCACUAGAGCAGCCUUGUAUUCCUCUCACAAGCUGUCUGCGCACAUUUCGGACGCUCUUCUCUGCUUCCUGAGAUUCCUGUAUUGUUAUCGUAAUUUGUACAUCUUGUUGCUUUCCUCUGCACCUUGUGAGUUUGUGUUGGUCCUUGCGUUAUAGUUAUGUUUGAGAUUGGUUAGAACGCGAAUUUUUUUACAGACAGAUAAGUUGUUGUGCUUAGAAGACGGUGCCGUCACUCUCGAUGUCAAUCGGAGGGCCUCCGGUCGCAGGGCGCUUCUGCUUGGCGAUUUCGCGUCCACCCUUCCAAGUCGCGCUCUCGAGGAUUUGGGCCAGGGUGAGCUGUUCCUUGGUAAGGCCGAGCUUUGAGCGGAUGCGUUCUCCAACACGGUCAAGUUCGAUGACAGUCAUUGCGCGCCAUUCUACGAUAGCAGGGUGGGAGGGCAGGAGGCACGGGAUCCCGGAGGCUGGAUCAGGGUACGCUGAUUCGGGCAGAGCCCCCUGCUUGAGGGUUAAGACACCAAAGUCCACUAAUAGCCCGCCGUUGCGAUACUCCGGAAGACCCGUCAUAUCCUCGACACCCUCAAACUUCCAUCCAAGUACCUUCUCGAUCGGCUCAAGCAGGCUGUACGUGAUCCACCCGGUGAGCUUGUGGAAUGGCACAAGCUCGUCGCCCUCGUGCGCGGCUUGCGGCCGCAGGGCCUCGCACGGCCAGACGUCGCCCAGACUGGUGCCUCCGAGUGUCGCGCGCGUCUUCGGCCAGAUGGGGGCGAGCCCGUCCAUGAGCGCCGCCCAGAGCGCGGCGACAGGGACGCGGCGGGUACCGUCGGCGCUGGAAAUGGACUGAGCCUCGAGGAAGUCGACGAGCCCACCCGGGCGCGCGUCGACCCCAAAGAACGUCGAGUUCGACUUGAGCGCGGUGCUCAGGUUCCGCAGAAGCGACGUGCGGCCCUCGAGUCCCACCAUGGGGUUCGAAGUCCUAACCUGCAUUGCAGCGGUGGUCUUCUCGGUCGUAACGCGGCUAAGGCCCUCAGCAUCUACCUGAUGCGGAUUAGAUGCAUCCCCGGAGAAAAAGCCCCCGAGAAACAUGCUGAAGCUGGCAACACCCAGUCCUUCUGAGCGGCUGAAGGACUUUCCAGAGGAUGCGUCGUGGUAGGACCAAGAUGCACCCGCACCUGCAUCCAGGAGCACAGAGACAAGGAACAAGUCGACAAGACGUCGGCAGAUCUCUUUGGUAUCCGGAGGGUUCGUUGAUGCCUUCCACUGGCUGAUCAGUGGCUCGACGCGCGGUGCGCCCGCAUCGAGAUGACGCCACCGUCCGUGAGGUGGAAUAGAUGCAAAGCUGGUGCCGAAAUCGCGCUUUAUAAUCUCAGUGCAGAAUGAGGCGACAUCGACCUCCUUCUCGGGAUGAUAGUUAAAAUACUGCAGUUUGCCCUCCUGCGCCAGUGCAUGCACCCGCGAGCACCUCUCGCGGAUCGCUGGCAGAGUGCGGAGGUAAGCCGCGGUCUGUUCGGGUGAAAGAGAUGUUAUCAUCGUGUUGCCCU